AUGAACAAAGUCAAGAGCUUGUUAAAACCGAAACCCAACCCAUCAGAGCAGCUGAGAGAUUGGCAGAGACGACUUCGCCAAGAGUGCCGCAACCUCGAGCGCCAAAUCAGAGGCAAUGCUCUCUCAAUCUCUAUUAAAGUUUCCUUCUUUUGCAAAUUACAUAUGUUUUUUGUUCUGGAUAUUCAGAAAGAAGAGAAAGCUGUGCAUAAAUCCAUUAGAGAGGCUGCCAAGAGAAAUGACAUGGGCACAGCCAAGGCACUUGCAAAGGAAAUUUUGAUGUCGAGGAAAGCUGUAAAUCGCCUUCAUGAAAAUAAGGCCCAACUGAAUUCAAUAUCAAUGCACCUCGGAGAAAGUGUUGCACUUGCCCGUACUGUUGGUCAUCUGUCAAAGAGUGCAGAGGUCAUGAAACUUGUCAAUAACCUCAUGAAAGCUCCGGAAAUGGCUGCCACAAUGCAAGAAUUUACCAAAGAAAUAACCAAGGCUGGGGUGAUUGAAGAAUUUGUAAAUGAUGCUGUUGAUUCGGCAUUAGAUUCGGAAGAUAUAGAAGAGGAAACCGAAGAAGAAGUUGAAAAGGUCCUGAGUGAAAUAGCUGGUGAGACAGCUGCACAGCUUCCAGAAGCGGUCAGGAAGGAGAGGACAAAGGUAGCUGCCCAGGGAGCUAGUGCUUCACAAGACGAAGAAGCUAUAGCAGAGGGUGCCGAUGAUGAGGAAGAGUUAGAAGAAUUGAGGGCACGGCUUGCUCAAGUGAGAUCGUAA